AUGGACGUCGCUAUAGCGUACAGCCCAGAAGAUCUCCAUUCCGUGGCAGAAAGAGACGAGUUGGAGGACAUUGCUACAGUUGGAGCAGAGCAGAAUGUGCAACGAUCGUGCUGGGACGUAUCCAUCACCGAGCGGAUGGUUAGCCAACUAUGGGACAUUUGCCCCUUGGUUUCGAGACAACUUCCGAUAGAAUUAUGGGAGCACAUAAUCGAUUUCUUCGCGGAUGACGAUUACGGCGAUAGGGACGACUACGACAUGCGACAACUUGGCCAGGUGUGUCGUGGAUGGUAUGCCCGAUGUCGCUUCCACCAUUAUGAAAGACUCUAUAUGUGGUACAUGGAUAGGAGGGAGGUGUAUCGCCUGAUAAAUUCACUGGUCGAGCACCCCGACCGAUGCAGUGCGAUCAAAACAGUCUGGAUCGGUAUUGAAGACCAGUCGAUUGGCCCCUUUGGGUCAUUUGCUGUGCGCAUGGUGCAGAAGCUGCCCCGAGUCGAAUUUCUCAGACUCUGGUGUUGGAACUGGGAGAGUGGGCAACUGCAUGCCCAGGCUUUCCUUCAUAUCACUCUCACAUUUGGGUCGGUGACCAGGCUCCAACUCUUUGAGGUGAUCUUCCCGUCUGCGGUUGUGUUUGGGCGACUUAUGCGUGCGCUCCCCCGCCUCUCCUUCCUCGAGUGCAUUGGAGUGCAAUUCAAGCAUGGCUGCCAUGUCACAGGUGCGGUGCGAGUGCCAGGCACCCUCCGACUCGACGCCGCCGAUCUGGACCACAGCGAUGACGUGUUUGACUUCCUUGCGUCGAUCGGCGCCCACAUUCGGCAUCUCACCUGCUAUGGAACCGACUGGAAGAAGCUGCCGGAGCUGUUCGCUGUGACCGCCGAGUCGCUCUUGUCCCUCCAGGUUGGGUAUUCUUCCGACGCCCCUUCAAUCGAUCUGACGCCCACUGUCAACUUGCGUGUUUUGGUCCUCGAUGGCUAUCUCAAAGACAUUCCCCAGGCAGCCGGUUUCCUGUCUCGCACAUCUUUGCCCAACCUAGUUGAGCUUACCAUCAAGUCGUGGGCAACCCUAUUCAAGGAUGGGACACUGGACAUUGUCCAGGAUGAAUUGAAUAGCAUCGACAACGACUCUUUUGCACAGAUGGACCGCGUCCUCUCCAGCCGUCAAUUUCCUGCUCUCCGAAAAGUCACGUUUCUCUUUCAUUGCGAUUUAGAGAGGUCCGACGUGCUGAACGUCAUAUCCGAAGGCACCUGGCGCACCCUGCUCUCGUCAAGGCUUCCAGCCCUCGAUGCCAGUGGCCGCCUUCUGACUCCCGUGAUGGUUGAAAUCUAUCAGCUUUGA